UUUCACACUAAGCUCCUUUUACAGACCACAACUCUUGGGGUUUCUGUAUUCCUUUUCCUAACUUAGUUUUUGACAGCUUAGAAUAUUUUCUGUAUUUUCUGCACUGUCUUGGACUUAAAAGCAUGACUAAUAAAAUUUGGAGAUUACUUUUGGUAACAGUCUUUGGGACCUUUAUUUCUGUUGCAUUAGCAGCAAAAUAUUCCAAUGGAGCUGCUGCUGCAUCUUUGGGUGAAAAUGAAAACCAGGAAGCUUCUUCAGGUGGUGCAGCCAUGGAUAUGACUACCAAAGGACCCCUAGACUUUACAGACAGUGCGUACACAGCGGAUUAUGAGGCUGAAGAUUCCACCCAUUCCAACCACGAGAAUACGGAGUAUGGUCAUCUGGGACCUGGUGCCAUAACUGCUAUCAGCAUUGCCCUCAUCCUUGGAGCAUCAGUUCUCAUUGCUUUGAUUGUCAUCACCUUGAAAAAGUUCUCUGCCUCGUAAGACAAAUAAAGAACAUGUUUACACAAAUCAGUUUGAGUGAUGUGUUCUUUAGAAAUUCAUCAAUGCUGUGAAGACUUGGAAGCUGUCAAGGCAUCAUGAAAGGGUUCACAAAAUCUUGCUUAAUCAGUACAAAUGUUAUCUUUAAACCCAGUACUAUUUGUACUCCAGUCACAUCUGCUUUCAUUGUUCAAUGAAACAUUGCACGAACCAUGUAUUACUGAUUAAUAAAAUGUAU